CAAGAAGAAUCGUUACUUCUGUCGAUCACGCGCAAGAAUAACCCAACAGCAAACAAAGGCACCAGCGGGACCAAAGAUGAAAGUCGAAGACAGAGCCACGCCUACGCCUGCUCCUGUGACACCGGCACAAUUUCCUGCUACCAACACAUGGGGUAGUCAGAUACCCAUAGACCCUGCCCUGCAACAGCAGUCUCAACCGCAACCUGCAACUACCUAUUAUCAACAGUACACCCAUUACCCUGCGACAUCGUAUAAUACCAAUUAUCAACAUCAAUACCCAAUACCAAAUCCACAGACCCCAGUUCCGGCUCCUGCGCUGCGACAGAAUGCUCCGACUAGCUCCCUCGAUACUGCUGACGUUGCUACGCUGAACGACGCCCUUGCCAGCGGAGGUGUAGAUCUCAGGGCUGAAGAAGAAUCGCUUCAUCGCCCCUAUGAUCAGCAUCAGCCUUACCGGGCAUGGGAGGAUCGGACACGCAAGCAACCUCCCACCCCGAAUUUCAGUGUUCACUUCAUAGGAUCCACCAUGCGGUCCAUCGGCUCGCAGCACAAAGUCACCAAGAUCCCGGAGGAUUCAGUCAACUACAUCGCACUGGCCGUGCGCGCUCGAUUGCAGGACUUGAUUACGGCCAUGAUUGCUGCGUCCGCACACCGGACAGAUGCGCAAUUCGAUCGCCCCGCAUCGCUAUAUCCCGACAACAGCCCGAUGUGGAGCAUCGUCAUUCGGAGCGACGUGCAGAAGCAGCUCGCGGCUCUCGAGAAGGUCGAGCGCGAGGAGGAGCAGAGGGUUCGUCGCGAGCGCAAGGAGCGCGAGGACAUGGCGGCGUCGCAGGCCGCCGCGCUUGCCGCACAGACGACGGGCAUGGGCGAUGGGCUAGACGAGGAUGGGCAGCCGAAGAAGAAGAAGAAGAAGGAAGGACCCGGGGUGACCGCUCGCAACAUGUCGGAAGAUGUACGAAAGAAGAUGUCCAACGCGGCGGCGAGCCAUGCGGCGGGCUUGAGCACUAACAAGUACGCGUGGAUGACAGCAGGCAACGCCAACGCCCCCACACCGCCCAAGAAGGCAACGCCUUCUGGCGCGUCUGCGUCUGCGCCGGCGCCAGUGGCUACGUCCUCUGCCGCUGCACCCAGCUCGGCAUCCGGCGGAUGGGUGCGGCCCUACAUCGGCUCGCAGAAGCAGGCGCCAGCUGCAGCUACUGAGGACGACCCCCGAAGGCUCAUCACCCUUCGAGACGCUCUAUUCGUGAUAGAGCAGGAACGAGGCCACGGUGGUGGACGCGGGGCCGCGCGGGGCUGGGCCUAGUUUUGCUAGUUCCUUAUAUCGACCACGAAGCUUGAGCCGCUUUCUGAGACUGUAGCGGCAACGAACGCAGUCCAUGAAGGACUAGUGGCCCUCAGCCCUGCCUCUUGGUUAAGACGAACACGAGACAAAGGGAUCCGCGCGAAAGGCGAAGAAAGACAGCCAUUGGAAGGGAUCGGGCGGGGUAGUAAUCAAGGACCGGCACGUACAAGCUCUUUUUCAGGAUGCAUCUGCUCCUUUCUCGUAUAAUACGCAUUUCGGACAUAAUAUAUCG